AUGACUAAGACAUUAAGAGUGUUGCCCAACAAGGAAUUGGCAGAUGUCAAUGCAUUGACUUCUUUCAAGGCUCUAGACAUCCCAUGUAAUCUGCCUAAUUCAGAGAACAUAGAUAGCAAAUUUGACACAAUUGUUAUAGAAGCUAGAGCUAGAGCCUGUGAUUUAACUGAUCAAAGAAUCGAGCACAAUGAUGAUUAUAGUCAUAGGGGGUUAUCGAACAUGUGUGAUUUGGUUAAUCAAAGAAUGGAGCACAAUGAUGAUUGUAGUCAUAGAGGGUUAUCCAAUAGGUCAUCAGAUAUAAGCACCAUUAAGUCCAUCUUGGGAUCCAAAAAUGUAUUGCUACUGAUAGCCACACUGCUCACAACAAUAACCUACCAAGUCCCAUUUCACGUCCUUGGAAGCGAUUCCAAAAUGGGCUAUGUUCAUAACUACAUAACUGGCACCUUCCAAUUGAAUAAACAGUAUUCACUCUUGUCCAGUACAUUCAUGUUGUUUAACUCUGUUGUGUUCAUUGCUUUGGUGGUCAUGACCCUAUUCCUCCUGCAUGAAUUUCCCUUCAAGCCAUGGCCUCAAAUCUCAGUUUUGGCUCUGUUUGGAUCUUAUAUGUGCUUGAUAAAGGCAAUAUCAACCAAUGGCGCUGUGGCUUUGCUUGUCAUAUCAAUUCCCUUUUUGUUAUUGGUAGCUGCAAGAAAAAUUUAUGGCUUUGCAAGCUGGAAUCUUAUGUGA